UGGACGUACGUGGCAGUGGUGAAUGCGUUCACAUUCAAACUAUAUAGUCAGGUAUCACGCUGUUUCUGGCAGUAGUUUGCUAGCCCAGAAUAUACAUCUAAAUGGCUGAAGGUAAGUUGGUAUUAACCAUAGGAGAUUAUUUUGUUAUUUACAUCUGACACAGCUCCUGCCAUGGAUGAACCUCUAACAGAAGAUCGUGCUGCAGAGAUAGCUGAAUGGUUGCUGCCUGUUCAGACUAACACAAUGUGUCUUGGAAUAACGUUAACAUUGCAACCAACUGAAGUUGAAGCAAUUCACAUGAGGUACCCAGAGCCACGUGAUCGCCUCCUGCAGAUUGUUAUCCAGUUCCUGAGGCAAGCAAAUCCAAGAUGGAGGCUUAUUAUAGAUGCUCUUAGGAGCCGUUUAGUUAACUUUCCUGGGCUAGCAAGGAGAUUGGAAGAGUAUAUUGUUCAACCAGUUGUGGUUGUAAAUAAUCAUGUUGUUGUUCCGCAGCCCCUGUGUGCUGUGGGAAAUGACCAUGGAGUUUUUGCCAUGCGAUCAAUUCAAAGUAUGCAGCAAAAUAUUGCAAGUUUGAGAAAUAAGUUUGAUGUUCUUAAGAACCAUAUCAGACAGUGCCUUGAAAUGCGUAGAAUUCCUGUUGAAAGGGUUGCAGAUGCUCUAACAACACUUUCACCUGAUCGUGAAGAACAACAAAGGUUGUUUCUAGAGAGCCAUGUCAGUGUUUUAUUUCGAUCUGGCACGCAUUAUGAAUUGUUUGGAUUUAUGAAUUUCCACUGGGACUAUCUCAACACUCCGGUAAUGGAGAAUCUUGCGCAAAAGUUUGAUCUGGAAGAAGUAAGAGUAGAGAUGGAAAGCUAUAAAUCAGAAUUAAGGCAGUUUAGGCAAGCAACCCCAUUAGCAUUGUUCGCUCAGGCACACACGAGAAGGCACGUUGACCCGCCACCACAUUUUCGAAGUUUAGUUAUCGAGUUUUUUGGCUGGCCAGAGAAUGCAACACUGCAAGAUGUGGAAGUGUUUCGAAAAAUAUAUGCCUCUCGCUACAAUCUGCAUGAAUGUGCCAUGAUGCUCGCCCAUGUUCGUUCUGGCUCUUUUAUUAUUACAUGGUUCAUACCAGAAUCAGUCGUUAAAAAGUUAUCAGCAAAAGUGCCCAGAGUUAUUCUCAAGAAAUUUUCUGCCACUAAAUUAGCUAUUGCUGGAACCUGUGUGUAUCAAUUACGUAAGGAGAAGGUCUCGCUCAUUCCAUCACUCAGCAGUGUUGCAGCAAAUGAAAUAGCUGAUACAGGGGCCUGUCAACUAAAAGGAGAAGAUUACCCAUUUGUUGCUGCAGCCACCUGAUAUGUUCUUCUGUCCGUGACAUUUGGUCUACUGCUCCAGCCUCACCUAACAUCAUGUUGCGGUAAACACAUCUCUCACAGGAGGCUGACUACCACCAAAAACAGGGAGAUGGAGAGCCAUGUCCGCAAUGUAAUACUGCUGGCUGGAGCACAGUGUUGAACAGACACUUCCGCCGUCAAGUAAACUCAUUGCGUGUCUUCUGUCGCUAUGAGGAGAGUGGGUGUGAGUGGCAGGGAGAGCUGCGAGAUUUAGACUCACACCCGUGCAUAGUGAGCAAUCAGGAAAAGGAUAUUGAAAAGAAGCAGAAGAAUCAAGGAGAAUAAAAUACCGCAGGAUGGUCAGGGCCUGAGUCAGGGGACCGAGUUGCAGACUAAACUAACUGAGGCUCAGAGGGAAGUCAGAAAGAUGGAAAUUGCCUUAAUACAGCAGAAAGGGGUCUAAUCUGCAGAACAAGAACUUAGAAUAAAAGAGAAAGAUUCUGGAAUCCACCUGUCCUGCGCAUGGCAUCGCACACAGUCAGGAGAGUAUCUAUCGUCACCUUGGAUAGACCUAUGGGUGCAUUUACCGCAUCGGGAGAGAUGGUGUCAGUGAAUGGGGCAAGCAUCCACAGAGUAUGUGUAUUUGUGAUAAAAACAAGAGAAAGUUCAAAAUAUAUUAAAUCCGAACUGAUGAAAUAUCCUAUCGGGGAUCGCAGUUCAUAUAACAAUAACAUAACACAUUUUGUGCGAGUGUGACUGGUUGCUGAAGUUUAGCAUUUGGUGGUGACGAGGCUGAUCAGUAAGCACACUGUAAGCGGAUUCUGGACUCAGGAUUUGAAACCCCAGUACGUGGUAGCUGUUCACCAGAUAAUCUUCUCUAUGUAUCCUGCAUAUUCGUAACAAGCAUUGGCCUUCAGUAUUUUCUUGUAUCUAAAUCUUUUGUUUAAAUCGAUUGGAUCAAGAAGGUGAAGGUGAUUUGAGGAGCCAUUCGACGUUUAAAUUUGAUUCUGCCGGGGAUGGGAAUAUGUAUGUUGGACUCGAAAAUUAAAAUUACAGACUCCAAGUAGGACUAGGGAACAUAUAAUAGAUCAGGGAAAAGACUGUUGCGUCUUAAGAACGCAACGGAGUCUUGCAUCGUGUAUGAAAAUAAGUAUAUAUUUCAGUAAUUCGCAAAUGAUUGUCAAAUGUUCGCUUACGAUAAACCCGAUCUGACAGUCUGCAGCUAUGGUAAGUCAGUGCUUCUGUUGGUCACGAUUGGGAAGUGGUGUUGGAAAUCCAUAUGAGUAUCACCAGCUCACCAUCUCAUGAUGACAAGCUAUAUGUCUGUGACUCUGGAAAACACCAGGGUUCACAUAUUUGAUCUGGACUCAUAGUUCAUCUUGUGUGCCAUAUAUACUGAUGCUGUUGACUGUUCCCCAAUAUUUCUUGCAUUAUUUCUGAUGUUUCCAGUAGCUGUAUCAUAAUUAUUGUUAUUCACAAGG